CCACGAUAUUAAGCCGUGGCUUACCUUCGUAGAAAGAUUCGAGCCCUCAAUCACGUUAUGCGUGGCGACGGGUGCACCGAGGACCCAGGAGAUGAUGCAGGAGAGCCAUGUCAACAAUGAAAUAAUUGGAGACUACGACGACUGGUGCCUGGGCAAUGGGUUCGAAUAUAUUGACCUCCAGGAUCAGCCAAGCGAUUUGACUCAAGAUGAGCAUGUUGGUCUGGACAGGAUCAUGGAGGCAUUGGCAGCGCACAUGUGGGAUGGCUUAAAGAGGAAGAGCAACAAGAAGCGGGAUCAGCAUGAGAGAAGUAUGAUGAUGUCGUUUCAUGAUGAUGACAUGGAUUUGACUUACGAUUCAUCCUGCAGAGAUAAUGGUCCGAGGAGGAGUCUCGCAGGGUUUGACCCAGCCAACCUGAGCAAAUUGCACGAAGGGAUGCUGGAUCAUGAGGACGAUGGUGACGAUGAUGAGGACGAUGUGGAUGAUGACCGUGCAUUCUACGAUGCGUUGGCAGAGCUAAAUUUGCACAACCGAUCAAAAUCGCCAACAGCGCCAGGGCAUGGACCAGGGAUAUUAACCCAGACAAUGGGAGCAUUUUCUGAAUCCCAGCAGGACAAGAAGAGCAGUGCUAGUACACACGGGUUCGAUGACGAUUUCGAUCUAGAUGAGCAGGAGAUCAAAGCGCUGGAAAACGAUGAUAUGGAGUUCUGGUCAAGUCAAGAGUCAUCGCGGUCCGUUGACGUUGACCGGACUUUGGAGAGGCAAUUUAAGAAGUUUUUGGGGCAUUCCCUGGAUGAUUCAGUGACGACGUCGUCCGAGGCCGGAGGCAAGGAGUCAUCAGGAGAACUUGACGAUUUUUCGUUUGAGCUGAACGCGAACGGUGACGACGAGUUUGAGUUUGGCGACUAUGUGGUAUCGGCGGCGGGGCCUGGAGGAGAGGAGUUGCGGGACUUUGCGGACCUUAACCUUGAUGGUAAGGUGUUGGUUCCCUGAGAAAAGAAUCUGCAGUUGCUGCAUGCGGAUCUUCAGGAUCUGCAUUGUUUACGUGGAUCGCUGUUGUUUUUUGUUUACGUAUUGAAAUGCUGUGUA